AAAAUUCAUCUCAAUUCAUUUCAUUACGCCACCUUUCCAAAUGAAAUCAGCGCGCGAUCUAGCCAGGUUGCGGCUUAAAAAGAAAUUUAAUCUGCUAAUAAACAUGCAAACAAGAACGCACCGGCUACCUGUUGCAAGCGCCCGAGCCGCGCCGCGUCUCCACCAAUCAGCGCCCAGCGGCCGCCCAUGCUGCUCUCCCAUUGGUCGGAUGUUAGAGGGGGCUAACGCAAGGGGGGAGCAAGGCCGAGGUCCCGUCGUUUUAAACAUGACACUGGCAAGAAAAGCACCGCAUUGAGCUUUCGGGAGCUUUUCACGCGUCCGCGAAAAACAAAUGAGUUUCGAAAAUUCAAAAUAAUGUGUAUGUGAUUCGGAAUUUGAAUUUUAACGUUCGAAAAUGUCGUUGGGUAAGCAGCCCGCUGAGCAUAUAAAGCGGCCGAUGAACGCUUUUAUGGUGUGGUCGAGGGGACAGCGGAGAAAGAUGGCCCAGGACAACCCGAAGAUGCAUAACUCGGAGAUCUCGAAGCGGCUUGGGGCCGAAUGGAAGCUGCUGACGGAGAUGGAGAAGCGACCGUUUAUUGACGAAGCGAAGCGGUUGAGAGCCCUCCACAUGAAAGAGCACCCCGACUACAAAUACCGUCCACGCCGAAAACCCAAGGCGCUCGUCAAGAAAGAGCCGAAGUUCGGGUUCAACAUCAGCGGGCUGAUGGCGCCGGUGCCGCGGCUCCUGCCGCCGCCCAUGCCCAUGCUAGACAAGCCGGAGCUGAGCCGGGCGCUGUUUCCGCCGCUCUACCCGUUCUACCCGUUCAAGCUGCCCCCUGAGGAUGGGAAGCUGGCGGCCGAGUUGGCGCAUUUGCAGUCACUUUAUGGCGGCGCACUCUACGGCAGCUCGCUAUACAGCAGCUCACUGUCCCCCUGCGGCUGCCCCCCGCGCCGCACCCCCUCGCCCCCCGCGGACGUCAAGCGGCCUGUAGCCUACGUGCUUAUGAAGGACGAGGAGCCGCCGCAGCACGUCAUAUGAAGGCCGGUGGCGCUCCCGGCCCGCGCCUGGCCCGGGCCCUGGGAGCGGCCUUCCACGUCCAUGUCGUCCAUGCCAGAACGGGACUUGUCCUCUCCUGAUAGCGUUUAAACAC